GUUGGGAAUUGUUCCACAGUCUUCAAUGGACAAGCAUGCGGUGUGGCCCUACGCUGCUCAAAGUAGGAACUUCACCUUGUAAAGCAGAAGGGUGGUUUUUUUCCCCUUCUUCUUUUGUGGUUUUACACAGCAGAAGAGUGUCAGCCUCACUUACAGAUGAAGUGAGACGUCAGGCGUGGAGGCGUGAGUGUGGCCGUCAUUCUGGCCCCGCCUCCCUUAUCCCUUUCAUUUGACGCUCAUUACUUGAAAGAAUCUUCUCGACUCUUUCCAUGUGUUGGCAAACAGUUCUGUAGAAUCCAGCUGCUGGGAACCAGCCAGCAGCAUGCAGUGACAUUGCAUCAUCGGGCCCUGGGGCCAGAGAUAUCAGCUGGAGAGCUGAGAGGAGCCUGCUCACAUCACCGACAUGAGAGGCACCAACAUCAGGGAGGGAGCACCCAAGACCCUGCUGGCCAGGGCACUUUAUGACAACCAUCCCGAUUGCUCCGACGAGCUGGCUUUCUCCAGAGGGGACAUCCUGACGAUCGUGGAGCAAAAUGUGCCAGAGAGUGAGGGCUGGUGGAAGUGUCUGCUCCAUGGGAGGCAAGGCCUGGCUCCAGCCAACCGCCUCCAAGUCCUCAAGGAGACCCCUGCAGACAGAUCCUGUCCCCUGCUCCCGAGAGGCCUGGACACAGAUCUCACCAGCUCAGAGGCUCUGUAUCAGGUGCCCAGCUUGUUCUGCCCACCACCACCACCAGGGCCUGUGUAUGAGCCGAUGAAGAGCUGGGUGGAGGGACCGCCGCCGCCGCCGCCAGCUACUGCCCAAGUCUACGAAUUUCCUGACUCACCGUCCAGUGCAAGGAUCGUCUGUGAAAAGACUCUGAGCUUCCCCAAACAGACCCUCUUCGUGCUUCCCAGACCUACGAGGGCCUCGUUGCCGACUCUGCCUUCCCAGGUGUACGACGUUCCUGUCCGGAGCCGGGUCUCCUCGACCCUGAAGAAUCCAGAGAGACAGCCAUCCUACGACAUACCCACCAGCUCCAAGAAGGCGGCACUCCACUCCUCCCCCAGCCAGGCAAGUGGACAGAGUGCUGUGCUGACGCCGACAACUGCCUUCAGACAAGGUGGUGGCUACAACACGUUAGCCAGCCCUCCCCAAUCAGAAUGGAUGGCUGGGGGCUGGGCCAGCCCUCCCAAAUCAGAAUGGAUGGCUGGCACUCCGGUGUUGCUGGCAAAGGCUGACGUCACAAGUGUAUCCCUGAGCAGCUUCCCCAGAGAAGCAGGGUCCAGUGCCAUUCCAGGCUCCACCUCCGCCGUGCACACCGGAGCUGUGACCCUCUCCCCACAGCCGGGGAGCACAGCGCAAAAGCAAAACAGCCUUCCAGAAGAGCCUUCCUACGAUGUCCCGGCACCCAGGGACUCACUUCCUUCUGAUGCAGGCAGCAGCUACAGGGUCCCUUCCAGGUUUCUCGUUCCCAGAGUGGAGCAGCAGAACACCAAGCCCAACAUUUAUGACUCCCCUAAAGCCAUGCGGGGUCUGUCUCAGGCUGGGAAGGAGCUGGAGAAAAUCAAAGAGCUUCCAGAGAAUAUCCCCUGGAUCUCCAGACAGCUAAAUUCUCUGUCUCCUGACUCAGACCAAUUAUCUGUUGCCAGCUCCGACAGCAGAGCUAGCGUGGUGUCUUCAUGCUCCUCCAUAUCCAUGGACUCCUCCCCCGGCUCCUCCUCUGAGGACUCGGCAAAGGAGCUGUGGAUGGACAUGGACUUUGCCAAAGAGACAGCGAUGGCCCUGCAGCACAAAGUAGCCAGCUCUGCAGCAGGCCUGCUACUCUUCGUAAGCAGGACUUGGAGGUUCAGAGACUCCUUGGAGACCAACAUCCACAUGAUCCGUAGGGCCGCUGACCACAUUGAAGAGUCCCUAAGAGAGUUUCUGGAUUUCGCCCAAGGGGUCGGUGGGACUGCCGGCAGCCUCACAGACAGCCAGCUUCAGGCUAGGAUUAGAGACCAGAUCCAAAUAAUCUCCCGCUCCUAUCAGACGCUGCUGGAUGCCAAGGGGAGCCUGGACCGCUGCAAUUGGUCCCUUGAAGUUCUCGUGACUGAUAAAGUCCAAAACAGCCUAGAUGACCUGGAGAGGUUUGUCAUGGUGGCACGGAUGGUUCCAGAAGAUGUCAAGAGAUUUUCCUCCAUUGUCAUUGCCAAUGGGAGGCUCCUUUUUAAACAGAACUGUGAGAAAGGAGAGACAGAGCUGAAGUGUGAAAAAUGCAUCCAGCCUCCCCAACGGGAAACUGAGCCAUACCAAAGGAUCAGUCCCUUCAAUAAACAACUGGCGGAUGAACACUGCCUUGAGCUAGUGGAGAAAAACAGAGUGAAUGCCUGUGGACAGAGCCCGCCGAGCUCUCUUACCUCUGCACCUCCCAAUCGGCAGGACACAGAGAGAAAGAUCCACCUGUCCGAGCACAGCAGGCUCUAUUUUGGAGCACUCUUCAAAGCCAUCGGUGUCUUUACCAGCAGCCUCAGCAACAGCCAGCCCCCUGAGGUCUUUAUCACUCAGAGCAAGCUGGUCAUCACAGUCGGGCAGAAGCUGGUGGACACGCUGUGCAAGGAGACCCAGGAGAAGGAUGAACGCAAUGAGAUCCUGCGUGGCAGCAGUCACCUGUGUGGACUGCUCAAGGACCUGGCGCUGGCCACCAAGAAUGCAGUGAUCAAGUACCCAAGCCCCAGCGCCCUGGGCUGCCUCCAGACAAAGGCGGAAAGGCUAGAACAUCACACUCGGAAAUUCAGAGACACACUGGAAUGAAGCCUUUCCUAACUCCUCCUGUAGAGGUCAACUCCUGGCUAGCUCCUCACCCACAACUGGUGCCACUCUGCCCUGUGGAAGAGCCAGCCAGAUAGGCUGAAACAGCCACAGCCCUUGGAGCUGGUUUUAGUAAGUGGCUAAGCAUCGGAAGGACACUGGCUGACCACAAAGAGGUCAAGAAAGAGAGGCAGGUGACAGGUCAGGACCUUGUGAUGUUGAACUCACUGUGCCACAGCACCAACAGUGGGAGUGGCACUGUAGAAGCCAUGUUUUGUGUCAAUCAAAUGUAUGUGUGUGGUUUACAGUCACUCUGCACGUAUUUAUUGGGCAAUACCUAAGGUAAAGGGGCUGAAGUGACCUUGGGGUAUCAGAGGCUCUGCUGUCAGUCAGUCUGACUGGGAAGACAGACAAAGGGACAAAGAAACGUCUGCAGUCCACCCACUGCUAAUGAGAAAAGAAAGCUGGGGAACAGGAGAACGGAACUGAUUUUCAGAGGAUCAAUUUCUGUUACAUUCAUUAGAAAAUGUGGUGACGUGCAUGGAUUGGUGGUGCCGUCUUUAAGUCCGGCACUCAGGAGGCAGAAGCAAGGCAGACCUUAAUGAAGCCAGACCGGUCUGUAGUGAGUUCCAAGACAAAGAGGGCUAUAUAGUGAGAACUUGUUUUUUAUUUUUAAAAAAUGCCCCCCCAAAAGUAAUGAUAGUUUGCCUUUUUUAUCAGUUAGUUUUGGAUUAAUACUGUGAGAUGUAUACAUAGUGUGUGCGUGUGUGCGUGUGCGUGUGCGUGUGCGUGUGCGUGUGUGUGUGUGUGUGUGUGUGUGUGUGUGUGUGUUGCUAGAGACAGAAUCCAGGGUUUCACACAUGCUAAGCAUGUACUCUGGCACUAAGAUUGACCCUCUAGCCCCCGAAAAUGUGUUUGGCUAUGUUACCUUGCCCCGAAGGUGAUUGUUACAUGUUCUGUUGGGUUCUCUGCUAACUUAUUUUGUGUGUUACAAAUCCUGUAUCAGUCAGUUCCACUGCUCAGUCAGACUAGGUUUAUACUUCACUGGCCUCAAAUCUGUUAUAUUAUUUAUCUAUAAUCAUGGGUUUAAACACAUCUGUAAGGUCCUGAGAGAUGGCUCAGGAGGUAAAGGUACCUACCAACAAUCUCGAUUACCUGAGGUCUAUCCCAGGGACCCAUGUGGUGGAAGGAGAGAACUAACUCAUGAUAAUUGUCUUUGAACAUCCACACACACACAAACCUAAACUGUAAUUUAAGAAAUUAAAACAUGUAAGCACACUGGCAGCAGUCCUUUCUUUGGAAGAGUCUCUGAGCCAGGUCACCCAAGUCUCUGAGCCAGGUCAUGCCAAAGCGAAGCAGGUGUUGGAAACGUCUCCUCUUUGAAUGCAUCCACAGGGAUGUGUGCAAGUUUCUAUAUGUCAGUCUGGACUGGAAAGCAAAACCGUCAUUUGUGUGUCCCUGGGGGGUGGGCAGGAAGAUGUGGCCUGAGAUGACACCCACACUGUUCACAGCUAUGGAAGUGUUGCCCCCCUCAUGCUAACCACCACUUCCUUCUUUCUCUUCGAAGCUCAGCCUUUCAACUCAUGUUACCAUGGUGACCUUAGCCUUCUCUCCAUGAAACUCAUGUCACUAUGGUUACCUUAUCCUUCACUCCAUGGGAAGGUCCCCGUCUCUCAUGUCACAUGACACCUUCACAAAGCAUCUCCAGGCUGCGUCUCCUGCAGUGGUGCCAAGGACAACUUCUGUCUUCUCUGCAUGUGGUGGGCACUUUUAAUAGUGACUGCAGGGACUGCAGAGAUGGCCCGGUGGUUAAGAGCACUGGCUGCUCUCACAGAAGACCCUGGUUUGGUUCCCAGCACCCACGCGGUGGCUCACAACCCUCUGUAACUCUAGUUCCAAGGGAUUUGACAACCUCUUCUGUCCUCCUCAGGAAGCAAGCAUGAAAGUGGUGUAAUACAUAUAUGCAUAUGCAUGUACAUACAAACAUACAUCAUACAUAUUCUUACAUGCAAACACUCAUAUACAUAGAAUAAAAAGUAAUCCCUUUUAGAAUGUAGCCAGAGGACCUGAGU